AGCGUUAUUAAUUAAUAUUCCACUGCUGCUGGAAACAUUUAAUUUGUACUAUUGUCUGGAUAUAUUCAGCUAGAUAAAGUUAAAUGGCUUAGCUAAUAAUAGUAGAUGUUGAUAACGUGUAGCAAACAUUCGCUAGAUAGCUAACGUUAUGGUACCGAAUAUGCUAACGUUAGCUUGCUAGUUAGCUAACGUUAUCCUUUAUCUGUCAGCCACUACUUCAACCGCAAGAUCAUUUCUAACCAACAAAAAUGUCAAUUUAAAAUAUACGAUAUUGGGUCACGUUAGUUAGCAAGCUAGGUGCUUUAUAUUUUACGAGUCGCUGGUCAAUAUGAGUUGGCAAGUAUAAUUUCUUGUUAACUGUCUUAGCUAACGUUAGCUAGCUCGCUUGUGUAACGUUAAGUGUCAGAUACAAACAUGUAAACAUUGAAGCAUAACUAACAUCAAUAAGCAAGCUAAUGCCGAUAGUGUGGCAUCCAAUGUAGCUUUCUGGCUGUAUAGUUAAGUAACUGUAUUUUGCAGUCUGUUUUAGCUAGCUAGCUUUCAAAUGUCAACAUUCCUCAAUUGUUUGUGAUUGGUGUCUUUAUUUAGAAUUAAUCAUGUCACGCCUUGUUUCCACCACUAGCUAUUCAACAGAGGAUAAAGAAGGUUCAUAUUCUCUUAACCCCCCAACUAUUCAUUAGAAAGGAGCAAGAGACAGACUGCACACAGAAUGAGCUCAUCUGCUCCCAGGAUGGUGAACAACUACAAGCGGACUUCCAGUCCUCGGUCUCCUACGAACAGUGGGGAGCUCUUCACUCCAGCACAUGAGGAGAAUGUGCGUUUCAUCCACGACACCUGGCAGUGUGUGCUCAGAGACAUCCGGUCACCACAGAGCAGCGAACGCAAAGACCGUGGACCACAGGAGUAUGUGGAAAAGAACCCAAAUCCCAACUUAAAUUCUUUCACACCAGUUGACCUGAGUGACCUCAAGAAACGCAACACACAGGACUCCAAGAAGUCCUAGUCUUUCUCUUUAUAGUCAACAGCUUUUUUUCUGCACCAAUUAUCCUUGAGAACUUUCUCCUCCUCUGUCAGCCAGUAAGUCAACCUUUUGGCCAUUCCUGCCCAGAAUGCCGGUCCUCUUUCUGCCCACCCGGACUAACAGCCUGCCCAUUCAACAGCAGUGGGCUGAUGUCCUAACAACCACAACAUUUUUGGAGUUCCUUAUCCACCCCAGUCCCCCCCCCCCCCCCCCCCCCCUCUUUCUCUGUCCAGGCUCAAUAUUUUCUUACCCUACCUCUCAUCUGGUUGACGUGGAAUGCAAGAAAGCUGGCAUUUGAUUUCCAGGGAUUCUCUCUUCCGGUUCUUGGUUUUACAGCCAUGAAUUUUUCAUUUUCACUCUUUUUUUUAUGUGAAUGGGACUGAUGCAGAGUUUCAAUGAAAUAUGCUGACAUCCUGAUGCCGAAGUACAGAUGGUGUACAAAUUCUUCAUGGGACACUUUAAAGGACUGCAGUCUUAAAUAUAAACUGUUUUCUUUUCAAUCUACAAAGGAUAAUGCUGAAGGGCUGGCAUUCUUUUUUUGGAAGAUAGUUGAAUUGUAGAUAUAUUGGAAUGGAAACCGAUUGUACGGGCGAGUUUUGGAAGCCAAAAAUUGUUUAGGAUAAAUGCCAACAUUUUUCAUAUAAAUUCAUGCCCCUGAAAUGGACUUCAAGUAGACAUCGCCACAUUGACUUCUCAGCCUUGAAAAAAAAUAUUGAAUAAAAUACUUUUACAAUA